CCCCUCGGGUGCUGGGCGGGUUAAUCCUGCCUCCAGAAAUCCUGCGGACGGAACUGCCCGAAGUUGCUUCGGCUGUUAAUAACGCAAUACGCUCAAGUACGCGAAUCAGGCGGGCCCCUGUCUAUCUGCAGCCGGAACUCACACCACACACAAUACAUCAUCGCAAACGUCAACACACACCAACAUACAACGAACAUGCACAACACAUAGCAACACAGGAAAAACUCACGCUAGCAGCAUCACCACAAAGAAAUAAGAAUAUAAAGCAGAACCUGCGACAGUAUCAAAGGAAAUUUAAAUGCAACACAUGUAAUCUACAGUUCCCGGCAAAGGAAGAGUUAAAAAGUCACAACCAAUUAAAGCAUCAGAAUCACAAGUGCGACGACUGCAAGAUAGAGUACAGUACUAAAGAACAGCUACAACACCACAAGUGUUUACUCUGUAAAGUUUGCAACAUAUUAUACUCAAACGACUAUGGUACAUACAUCACUCAUUUUAGGAAGUAUCAUUACAAACCAAAUUUUACAUGCUUUGCUUGUAACGAACAUUUUGAUAACGAAGAUACAUUGACAGUUCGUCGAGAAAGCUAUGUGGCCUUUUAUGCACACUGUCCUAAGUGUGAUCGGAGGUUUACUUCUUUUCUGUGCUACGAAUGUGGCGACUCUUACCGAAGUAUGGAUGGUCUAUCUAAACAUACUCAUGGCCAGGGCUCAGAUAACAUGUGUAGAAUAUGCAACGCAAAGUUUGAGCAUGAUUUCCUUCUUGCUUCACACAUGCGGACGCAUUCUUCUACAGUUAAGAGCUAUACGAAGAAGCCAAAAAUAAACGAAAAAACAGAAGAUAUAGGAAAUCAAGUAAUUAAAGAGUCUGAGGAUGCUAAAGUAGAAGAAAAUGUAAAAGCGAAAUGGUUUGACAAUGCGAAGGAAACAUUUUACAAAGCGGAUGGUGAAAGGGAGUCGAUUAAAGAUUUAGGAAACUACUGGUCGGCUGAAUCUGUAAAACAAGAUCCUGAUGAUAUUAAAAUAUGUGAUGAAGAAGUGAAGAUCGAAGCUGAUGAGCUAAUCAUAAACACUGAACAUAGACAGACAAAUGUGCUUGAUGAAAGUAAGUUAGACAAAAGAAGAACAGAUGGAGUCAAGAAAGAACAAGAGAAUUGGUAUGAGGUCAAUAUUGAACCGACAGAGAUUUAUUUUCUGUCAGAGGUACAACGCCAAAAGCACCAAAGGACAAUAAUAAUUUGUGAAGAUAGUAAAAAUAUUAAUGAAAAAAUUAACAAUAGCUUAAACAUUGUAAAAGAAGAGCAAUGUGAUUCUAAUGAAGGGACAGGAUUUGUAGAAGCAUCAACAGGCACAGGACCAUGCUUGGUUAAACUGGAACCUCCAGAGGUACCUGAUGGAGAUAUUAGUAGUGAACCAUGCCUUGCAGGGGUCAAGACAGAGUAUACAUAGAAUUUCUGUUUAGAUAACAAAUAAUAGUCUUCUAUACUGUGAUAAUUCUAUUAUAAAUAUUUAACACAUCCAAAUAUGUGUUUUACUUUGU